AUGGACGCCAAGAUAAUGGACAAUGAUAUAAGAAGAGGAUUUUGUACAAAUUUUAACAAAGAUGUACAGGAACCUUGGCCAGAAGGUAAACUGAGUUCAUUUUUGAUACUCUAAAAAUAGAAUGGUUAAAAAAUAACGGGGAACACGCUGGUCAUAUUCAGUAAAUUUUCUCCCAGUACCACAGGCUCGGAUUUUGCAGCGGACUUGCGGUGAAAAAUUGAAAGUUUUGGAUUUUGUGUAAGUUGUCCGCUGAUAAUACGAGCCCGCACCAGGGCCGCCGGGAGGUUGGCGGGGGCCCGGGGCAAAUUUUUGUUUUAGGGGCCCCUAUUUAAAAUUUUUUUCGGAGAACAACCUCCCCCCACCCCCCGCCCCUCCCGUCGACAACUUUUUAGGUAAAAAUGUUUCCGGACGAGUACGUUGCAAUUGCUUUCCAAGGACUUUAUCUCAAUUUUUCAUGCCAAAUUUCGGUACUUAGCCCAAAAAAAACAGAUAUCUUCUCCUUUACGCGGAAAUAUUUAACACACAAAAAAGACUGGGGCCCAACAAAAAAUUUUCAGGGGCCCCCAGCACCUCGGGGCGUGGGGCAAUUUGCCCCCCUGCCGCCCCCCCCCUCUCGGCGGCCCUGGCCCGCACGAGUGGGAGAAAUUUUACUAAAUUUGACCAACGUGAAGAGGAAGAUUCGAGGCGGAGGUGGUGGUUUCGAAUAUUUUCUGCAAAUUUACAACCUAAGCCAGGUACGACGAACUAUACCGACCGUCUAGUUAGCUGGUUAGUAAGUAGCUAGUUAGUUAGUUAGUUAGUUAGUUAGUCGGUUAGUCGGUUAGUCGGCUAGUCGGUUAGUCGGCUAGUCGGUUAGUCGGUUAGUCGGUUAGUUAGUUAGUUAGUUAGUUAGUUAGUUAGUUAGUUAGUUAGUUAGUUAGUUAGUUAGUUAGUUAGUUAGUUAGUUAGUUAGUUAGUUAGUUAGUUAGUUAGUUAUUGUUUGGAAGAUAUUAAACAAUUUUUUUCUUUAUUUUAGGUUCAUACUGCAUUUACAGAAACUCCAAUUACUGCCCACCCGAUAUGAUCCAGGGUUUCAUAGAUUGGUAUGAUGAGCAGGACAAUAAUCAAAAUAAAUUGCAUGGUUAUCUCAAACUACCUGAUGGCUUAUAUUUCGGUCCAUCCACAAGAGUACUUUAUUGCUGUCAUACUGCAGGAAAAUGGUAUAAGUCUAUCGAACUGCCGACUGAAAACCCAUUUUAUUUAUUGCCUUAUGGAUCACGAAACUGUCAACGUGUAAUGGGGGCUAUCAGUUUCCUGGAGUACAUCAUUUACGACACUGAAGAUGCACAACCCAGUUGGGAUGAAUUUAGUGGACACCAUGUUUUCACUGAUAAAGUCCAAAGUUUACCUAAAGUAUUUUAUUGCUAUUAUGAAGGUAACGUUACUAUGAUAAUAUGGUAAGCUAGCCCUUUUCUAAAAUAGCCAGCAUUUGUAUAGUUGGAUUACGAGCACUAGCUUGCAUUACUGCUGGUAAUAUAUGCCUGUGUACAAGUUAUUUACAAGAUCAUAUACCAAAAAUCUUAUUAUAAUACAAAUAAAAAGAAAUUGAAAUAAAAUUAAAUUAAGGUGGUUAUGAAUCUCAAUUUCCGCUGCAACACAACCUCUUCAGCAACCCGCCAUAAUGUGCUGCAACUUAUCGAUUGUAACUCUGACUUCCUUGCUUCGAGAUAAUUUCAAGAACAUUCUUAGUCAAUCUGUGUUGCCAAUACCCUUUGAAGAUCCAAAAUUCACCAUUUCACCCUAGUAUAUAUUUUUCUUAAAAAAUGUUUUUUCAUGAUAACACGUCAUAAAAUUUAUAUUUGAACUCAAGGUAUUAGAAUAUAAAUCUGUAGUAUGAAACAAGAAAUGAGUUAUACUGGGUACUAUCACAGUAUAGGGAGACAACCAGUAGGGCCACUUAGGGGAGAGAAAAGUGGGAAUUAUUUAAGCUAGGUCCCAGGUGUUUUACGCGGCCAAACUCAUCACUCUGUAAUACAAUUUUAUAGUGAACUGCUGCCAUUUACUGGCUGCCAAUAUGUAAAUUAGGUUGGCAGCCAGUAAACAAUGUGGACACUUUUUUACACUGAGUGGCCCUACUGUAGUUUUCAUAUACUGUGGUACUAUUUAUAUUCUACCUCAUUGAUUGCUGGUAUAUGGUUGGGAGUAACAUUUUAUUUUAAAAUUAUUUUCAGGUUGUGAAUAUAAAUUGAGAAAUAACAGUGGAUCGUUCACAUCUCCAAACUUUCUAAACAGUUCCUACCCAGAUUUUCAGCAUUGUUCUUGGUCAAUAAAAGUCAAUGUAGCUUCACGAAUUUCGUUGAAAUUUCAAACUCUCCACGUUUCUAAUUGUGAAGAAAAUUCUCUUGAUAUUUAUGAUGGAGAUAGUGCUGAAGAAUCAGCACUUUUAGCACGAUUUUGCGGAGCGAAUGCCACGUCAGGAGUUAAAGUGAUGUCGAAAACAAAUUACCUGCUUAUUACUUUUAAAUCUGGUGACAAUUCCGAUGAAAAUACGGAAGACUUGACGAAAAGGUUGCGGUUUCAUGCAGAAUAUGAGGGUUUUCAAACAGGUAUUAAACAUUAUAUAUGACAGAGUAUAACUGGCACUUGCAUGAAUAACUAUAGACAUGUUAUAUUCCAUCGUACAAUGCGGUGCCACGACAUUAAAUGACAAUGGCCGUGCGAUGACUUACUCCGCAAUAAUUAUACUGGUCAACACAGUGGCGUGACACUCAUUGGGUAGGGGUAGUUCAAAACCUAAGGGGUUCCGACAGUUUGGGGGCCUCAUCAGUCACGGCAUAUCGCCCAGAAAAAUUGAAAACGUAAAAAAUGCAGGUUAAUUUAAGAAUUAAUGGGAAAAUGCAAAAUUAAUAAUGCUAAAUAAUAAAGCCUCCAUCGACACAACGGUAGCUGAUUUUUUAUUGCAUCUCAAAUAAAACAAAAGUUAGUGUUAGUUGUUACUUGAGAGACUGUUAUUAGCAAGCUUAAGCCGAAGCGACGUUUUUGACAACACGAACGUCGAUCGGAAGCAAAUUUGACGUUAUCAACCAACCAACAUUCUUGACCCAGUCUUUUAACGUUACUCAUGUCGUUCGUGUUGUCGAGAACGUCGCUUGCUUUUCGCUAAUGUUAUAGACACAGAAUAUUCCAGAACAUUCAAUAAAUAUUCAAUAUAAAUAUAAUAUCUCAGUCAAACAUGCCUAAGGUAAACCCUCUUCGUUACGCCACUGGAUCAACAGUUUCUUGACGGCCCUACACACGAGCAGUUAAUUCCUUGUCCAAAAGCUGGCAUGACUAGCUUUUGUUAACAAUAUUCCUAAUUGUCAAAGAAACUUUGUCAACUUUUUCUCCGUUACAAUUAAUAGACUUAUUAACUAGUUAUUGUUGUCUUUAUAUAGCAACCCCACGAAUCCUAUCAACUGCAGAAUUUUUUACCACUAAAAAGGAAACUCGACCAACGGCUUCUGCAGGAAUUUCAAAUAAUACUUACCUCAAUACGGUUCCAACAUCAACGUUUACCACAAGAAUAAAAGCUCCGGGGGGUGCGAAAGAACUAUUAACGAAGAAUAACGCUUACUUUAGCACAGUAACAUCUUCAACAGCAAUAUUUACAACCACAAGAAGAGGAACUCCAAAAGCCACGACAAAAAUUUCGAAAGACAAUACUUACGAGAAUGGAAUAAUAGAUUCACAUAGCGCCCACAAUCAAAGCUCGUCUAUUUAUUUGUUGAUUGUCUUGCCAGUCAUUGCAAUUUUGAUAUUGUUGCUAGUGGUUGGAAUAAUAUUUUACUGGAGAAGGUGGGUAAUGUUUACUAACUCAUAUAUGUGGAGUUAAGUGCUCUGAAAUAUCUAAUUGAUCAAAUAUAGGUUAGGAUAUAUUUCCACUUUCAUAUAUAUAGGCCCCUCCCCAAGGGCUUCUAAAAUGAAUAAACUCCCUCGCCUUGGAAAUUCCUAUGUAUAGUUUGUCCCUAUCCUACGGAAAUACCGAUAAAACGCCUACCGAUUUGUAGAUUUAAAGAAAACUCAAAGCCCUUCCCGAGAUGUGUACGUGUUUAAGCAAAUAUGAUCCUGUGGAUCGGAUACAGAAUUCGUCCUGAUUUCCAUAAACUUUAAAUUCGAUUUUCCCGGCUAAAGUGAACCGUAUCGCCAAAAUAGUUCGUAAACUAUAUAUUACUUAAAUUUUCUUUGUAAGCUUUAGCAUUGGAUCUGUAUCUAAUUUACUAUUUGCAAUAUACGUAAAUCAGAUUGACAGUUGGAUCGGCUACUCAGUAUUAGAUUUUUAAGACAUGUUAAGUAUCAAGUAUUGAUUGAAAGUUACUUUUUAAAGGAAUAAAAAGAAAGAUGCUGCCACAAUAAACGACAGAAGUAAAAGAAUAGUUAAAACGGCCGUAUGA